ACACACAACACUUCAGGACCAACGGAGAGUUUGACCAUCUGGAUCUAGACUACGAGGUGAGGAGCUAAAGAAACACACACACACACACCACACACACACACACACACAACACUUCAGGACCAACGGAGAGUUUGACCAUCUGGAUCUAGACUACGAGGUGAGGAGCUAAAGAAACACACACACACAACACUUCAGGACCAACGGAGAGUUUGACCAUCUGGAUCUAGACUACGAGUUGAGUUUUGGUGGCAUGCCCUACAGUGGUAAGCCAAUGGGAGGGGGGAUGAAGAACUUCAGAGGCUGUAUGGAGAGCAUCAACUACAACGGAGACAACAUCACUGAUCUGGCACGACGCAAGAAGCUAGACACCUCCAGCUUUCGUAAUCUGUCAUUCUCUUGCAUGGAGUCUCACUCCUUCCCAGUUUUCUUCAACGCCACCAGCUUCCUGCAGCUCCCAGGAAGAGCCAAUCAGGAUGUAGUAUCACUUAGAUUCCAGUUCCGCACCUGGAACGCCAACGGACUCCUCCUUUUCAGUAACCUUGACGACGGAACGCUUGAGAUCGCCCUUGACGACGGGAAGAUGGGAGUUCACUUCAACGUGACGCAGACGAAGAACACCAGGAUAGCAAUAUCAUCAGGUUCUGGCCUUAACGACGGCCAGUGGCACGCAGUGCAUCUAGUCGCUAAGGAGAACUCUGUCAUGUUGACAAUCGAUGGAGACGAAGCGUCAGCGGUCCGAACCACAACGCCUAUCAUCAUCAGGACUGGUGGAACAUACCAUCUGGGAGGGUACUUCCUGCCUACCUUAGCACCUCCCACCCAGAAGUCGUUCCAGGGCUGCAUGCAGGCAAUUCUGUUGGAUGAUCAGCUGGCGGAUAUGCAUGCCGUGGAGAAAGGCAUUGUGGGAGUGUUUGAGAACGUCAGCUUGGACAUGUGUGCCAUCAUAGACAGGUGUAUGCCUAACCAUUGUGAGCAUGGAGGCAGGUGUAAACAGACGUGGGAUAAUUUUAGCUGCACCUGCGACAGAACUGGAUACACUGGAGCCACUUGCCACACAUCGUUGUUUGAACAGAGUUGUGAGGCGUAUAAACACCUGGGCAGAUCUUCAGACACAUACUGGAUAGAUCCGGAUGGGAGUGGACCCCUCAGACCCUUCAAAGUCAACUGCAACAUGACAGAAUACAAGGUGUGGACUACAGUGGUCAACAAUCUACCAGCCCAGACCUCAGUGACCGGGUCUAGCAGAGAGAGACGCACUGUGCUGCAACUCAACUACAGUGCCUCUAUGGAACAGGUCACAGCUAUUACUACCAGUGCUGAACACUGUCAACAACAAGUGUCGUACGCCUGCCGCAUGUCCCGUCUGCUCAACACACCUGAGGGAACCCCCUACACAUGGUGGGUGGGUAGGAGCAGUGAGAAACAUUUCUACUGGGGAGGAUCAGGGCCAGGGAUACAGAAGUGUUCCUGUGGUAUCGACAGGAACUGUACUGACCCCAAAUACGACUGUAACUGUGACGCUGACCACAAACAAUGGAGAGAGGACAGUGGCCUGUUAGUGUAUAAGGACCAUCUGCCAGUCAGUCAGGUUGCCGUGGGUGACACCAACCGGCAGGGUUCAGAGGCCAAGCUCACCAUCGGGCCACUCCGUUGUCAAGGAGACCAUAACUACUGGAACGCGGCGUCGUUCACCACGCCCUCCUCCUACCUGCAUUUCUCCACCUUCCAGGGAGAGACCAGCGCAGACAUCUCCUUCUACUUCAAGACCAGCGCUCCCUACGGGGUGUUCCUGGAAAACCUCGGCAACACUGACUUCAUACGCCUCGAACUCAAAUCUCCUACUGUUGUCUCGUUCUCAUUUGAUGUGGGGAACGGUCCCGUGGAGUUGGCCGUCCAUUCAGCCACACCCCUCAACGAUGACCAAUGGCAUCGUGUGAUGGCGGAGCGGAACGUGAAGGAGGCGGUGCUACAGCUGGAUCUGAACUAUAGGGAAACUCGUCCCGCCCCUCCACAGGGACACACAAGGCUAGAGCUGUUUAGUCAGCUUUAUGUGGGUGCAGCAGGGGGUCAGAGGGGGUUUCUGGGAUGCAUUCGCUCCCUCAGGAUGAAUGGUGUGACCCUUGACCUUGAAGAGAGGGCCAAGGUAACUCCAGGUGUAAAGCCAGGCUGUCAGGGUCAUUGUACCAGUUAUGGGAUGUACUGCAGGAACGGAGGAAAGUGUGUGGAGAAAUAUAAUGGCUACUCCUGUGACUGCACUGCCACGGCAUACGACGGACCCUUCUGCACCAAAGAUGUGGGGGGCUUCUUUGAGGCGGGCACUCUGGUGAGAUACAACUUCCUGUCAGAGGCAGCGGCAGCCAAUCAGGAUGCAAGGUUCCUUGCCCAACCUUUGACUGCACAGGAAGUGAAUCUGACAGGAGAAGCAGUAGCGUUUAGCUUCAGUACGUCCAACACACCAGCUAUACUGCUGUACGUCAGCUCCAAGACACAAGACUACCUGGGGCUGGUGCUACGGCAGAAUGGAACUCUCCAGGUGCGGUAUAACCUGGGCGGUCUCAAGGAGCCGUUCACCAUAGAUGUGGACCAGCGUAACCUAGCCAACGGACAGCCACACACUAUCAACAUGUCCAGAAUCAACAGGACUAUCACCAUACAGUUGGACCACUACCCCCCUGUCAGCUACUCUCUCCCAGAGGCAUCAGACACACAGCUCAACCUGGUCAAGACAUUGUUCCUGGGGAAGGUAUUUGAGACCGGAGUCAUAGACCCAGUGCUUAUAGAGCGUUAUAACACUCCAGGGUUCGUAGGCUGUCUGUCACGCGUCCAGUUCAACGGAGUCGCACCCCUGAAGACUGCCCUAAGAAACCCUAUAACAGACAGACCAACAGAGAGACAGUCUGUGCCAGUGUCCUACCAGGGUAAACUGGUAGAAUCUAACUGUGGAGCAUCACCUCUCACCAUCCCACCAAUGUCUGCUGUCACCGAUCCUUGGCGCCUGGACUCAGGUGCAGAGUUCCCAUUCAACGAAGAGCGAGUGAUCCCAGGUGGAGUCAACAGGAACUCAGCCAUUAUAGGAGGUAUCAUUGCCGUGGUUAUCUUCACCGUCCUGUGCACACUGGUGUUCCUUAUUCGCUACAUGUUUCGUCACAAGGGCUCAUACCACACCAAUGAAUCGAAAGGGGCGGAGCCAGCCAGUGGCGAAUCAGCAGACACCACCAUCAUCUGCGCCGAAACUAACCCGGAAACCAUAGAGGAAUCAAAGAAAGAGUGGUUCAUCUAACUGCCAAUUGAAAAACAGAUGAGGAUUGGAGAGUGGGAUGUUCAUCUGUUGACCAAUCACAGGAGAGAUGGAUGGAGACGUCUACUGAAUGGAGGAGGGAUUGGGAGUGGGUGAAAGAGGGUGUACAGAAAUCCGAUGAACUGCAGAAGAAAGACGAGACAGUUUAUUGGAAGGUUGCGUUGAGAGUUGAGAGACUAAAUCUGUACAUAGUCUUUCUUUGUAUUGUGUUCAGGAGUUUCCACGAGACCUUUGAAUACAGAAUAGUUAUAUAACAGCAGAUCUGGAUCAAAUACAUUCAAACACUUUAGGUUUUUAGAAGUGCACUUGAUUUAGCUUGGAUUUUGCAGCUUUAGGACUAUUCUAUUGUCUCCGAUGUACCAGGCAAACUAAAUCAAGCACAGCUCAAGUAUUUGACCUAUGUAUUUGACCUCUGUAUAAUAAUAAUGGAACAUAUGCUAGCAAAGACUUGUUUGUUUUUUCAACUGAGAUCUGAAAGAUUAUGCCAAAUCAUCUGUACAAGUUUGCCAUUUCUGUUGGUCAUGUUUACAUGUCCAUGAUCCAUAUACACUCCAACAGUAUUUCUCAAACCACUCCAAGAGGUGUAACCAGAGAAACAUGGAUGCCAAAAGUCCUGCUGUAAAUAUGUGUUAUUUAUAAAUAUAUUUAAUUUCUUUGUUAAUA